AUGAAGGAAAUUGUCAUACAUACCUUUAAAGAAUUAGUUGGAUACGAAUAUGAAAAUGUUAAGAUAUCUCCAAAUCAAAACUAUAUUUCGAUUUUAGAAAAAAACAGACAACUUCAUAUCAUCUCUUUGAUUAACUCAUUUGAAAAGACAAUUGAAAAAGUUCAAUCAUAUAAUUGGGCAAUUUUAAAUAAAUCCGAAAACUUAAUUUAUCAAUCUUCAGAUAGACUGUAUAUAUAUGAACCUCAUUCAAAUUCAAAUUUUGUUCUUCAAACACUUGUUUCAGAUAAAGUAUGUACUAUUGAUAGUUAUAGAAAUGCCUUUAUUAUUAUAAUUCCUUUAGAAAAUGAACAUUCAUUUGAUAUUAAUAUAUAUGACACUUCACUUCGACUCUUCUCUGUAACAUUACAUGAUAUCAUUUGUUUUAAUUCAGCACAUCGUUUAUCUUUAUUUAUUCAUAAAAAUGGUGAAAUUUCAAUUUUGUCACCAGAGGAGCCACAUCAUCUUCAUGUUUAUCUCUCAUUUCUUACAACAACAUUUAAUGAUUUACGUUCUUUCUCUUUUUCAAAAGAACUUCAAAACUUUGUUUUUUGUAAUGGAAAGAAAGUAAUAGUUUUUACUCCAAUAACUCAUUUAACAGAUGAGCCUUACAAAGAACUAUUAGAAAUGGAUUCAAAAAAUCCUUUGACAUUUACUUCAUAUGAUCUUGAACAAUCUGGAUUAUCAGAACAGAUUUUUGUUUCACAAACUGGUUCAGAAGAGAGGAUUGACCAACACUCAAUUCAACUUGUAGGUGAUACAAUUUUUCCUGUUUAUAUUAGUGAUAACAAAUUAAUUGCUGCAGUUAGUGGUGAUUCAAGAAGAAUGUUAUUAACAUUAAUUAAUGGUGGAUUUGGCUCAUUAAUCAAUUAUAUUACAGAUUUAAAUCCUCAAUUUGCUGUUGAUUCAGCUGAUUCAAGGAUUCUUAUUACAUUAGAACAUGCUUUAGAGACAGUUGAUUCUUCAGAAGUAGAUAAAGCUGUUGAUAAAUUGAUUGAAAAAAAUGACAACCAAUUACUUAGUGCUGCACUCAAAAUUUUUGUUGAUCAUUUAGGAAUAGAAACACCUCGUGAUAUUAUUCAGGUUUGUCUUAAGGCUUGUAAAUUUAUUGCACAACAUGACUUGAUGGAAAAUGUAGAUAUGCUCGGUGAGGCAAUAAGGAAGAUUGGUAGUGCAGAUGAAAAAAUUAGAAGAGAAAGUCGUGAACAACGAUGUCAAAAAGUAAAAAAAGUUUUUGGAGAGGAGUUUGAUCAUAAAAAACAAGAAAUUAAUAAUACAUUGAAAAUGAUAGACUUAAAAUGUACUAAUAAGAAAUUAAGUUUUGAAGAUAUUAUCCUUAAUGGGAAUAUCCCUUCUAAUGAAACAAAGGAUUCUGACUUAAUUAUUAAAGGACAAGCAUUGUGUAUGAAAAAGGCACAAGAAGGAAAACAUGACAUUGCUAUUAAAAUUGCAUUAAGAAUAGGCAUUGAAGAUUUAAGUAAAAUGUUGUUGACUCUUAUUAUGAAUACUACUAAUAGUUUAUUAAGGCAAUCUUGUAUUGAAAUGUAUUAUGAGAUUGAUCCCCAUUUGAAUCAAUUUGACAUUGAUUUUAUUAACACUUAUGAUCAUAGAAGUCAUACAAAAUUAAACAGAAAAUACGACGUGUCAAUUGUUAAAGGAAUAGAAGAAAUUUCUCCUUUUGAUGGAGAUAUACCAACAAAAAUCGCACAAAAAUAUGGAAUUACAUCAGACAUUCUUCCUGUGCUUGAUGAGAAAGAACUUUGUGUUGUUCGAGUUAAUGAUAUUAUUAAUGCAAACGAUAGAGAUAAAUCAUUUAUUUUAGCAGAGUGUGGAGAAAAUGAAUGUUGUGUAGAUCAAUGGGAAUUAGUUAAGUAUUUUAUUUCACAUAACAAAGAAGAUAAAGUGAAAGAGUGGAUUAAAGAGCAUCUUGAUUUAAUUAAAGGAGAAGAAGAUAAAAAAACACUAUGGAGGCUUGUUGAAUAUUAUUGUGUUGACCCAUCAAAAAGAGUUAUUAAAGAUUUUAUUGAAGAAAAUACAUUCAAACCAGAUAGUGAAUGUCUUAAAGAUCAAAAAGAACUGCUUAUUCAUCCUCAUCCUUCUAUUAGUGAAAAACAAGCACUAACAAUUGUUGAAGAAUAUAAAUCUAUUAAUAAUUUACCAUUAAUUGAUAGUUGUAUUGAAGGAAUGAAAAUUACAAAAUUCCCUGUAAUGUGGAUGAAUCAAAUUCAUGCCUUACACUCUUCAUAUGAAGAAGCGAUAUUAAUGAACACAUUAAAACAUUUGGAUGCACCACUUCCUAUGGAUGGAAAAUUAAAAGAACCUGUAUUUAAUCUAUUAUUGUCAAAACCACAAUUAUCUAAUAUUCUCAAUGCUUUCUUUGAAGAAAAUACUAAAACUGAAAGUGCUUCAUCGUCUAAAUUAAAUGGUAUUUGUCAUCUAACAACAACAAACGGCGAUCUUUCAUUAACACAAUUAUAUUCUAAUACAUUUCAAAGAGUUUAUGAUCCUUUAAUAGAAGGACCAUUUGGAUUUGUUCCACGGAAAUCAAUUCCUGAAGGAAAGAAUUGGUUAAGUUGUGAAUAUUAUUUGACUCAAAAACAAUGUAUUUUUGCAAAAAUGAAUCAAAAAAUUACUGAUAAGAAGUUAUGUGAAUUAAUUGUGGCAAAUGACUCUGAAGUAAGGACGUGUUGUUCGUUUAUCUCAAAUAAUCCAUAUAUCAAACUUGUCACUGUUUUACAUGAAGACCUUCAAACUCAAUACGAUUAUAUUUUUAAACAUUACCCAUCACUCCAGUCUAUUAAAAAUGAAAAUAUGAUUGACUACCAUUUACUUUUUGAAUCUAAUUUUGAAAUUAAAGAAGAAUUUGUCAAAUGUUAUGAUGAAUUAAUGGGAUCAUCAUAUCCACCAACAAAAGGAUGGGACAGACUAGGAUAUUUAUGCAACAUUUUCCAAGUCCCAUUAAGACCAAUGCAACUUCAAAUACUUUCAAGAAAACAAGCAUUUUUAGAGAUGCUAAUCUUUGCUGAUAAACAUGGAUAUAAAUGGAGUGAUGUUAAAGAUCUUCUAAUUCAGUAUAGUGGGGAUGUUUCAAUCGCAAAACAUAUUUCGAAUGCUAUUGGAGCAUUGUCAAAGAUAAGUAGUGAGCGUGGACUAUUAACAAUUUUAUUAGAAGACUCACCAUUAGAAGCGUUUUCUAUUUUUAUAGGAUCUUCAAAUAAGACUAUUAACUCAACAAAAGAUCGUAUUAUAGAAAUGGUACAAGAGGAUUGUAGUUGUAGAUUGUUAAGAUUAGGCUUUUUCUUAUUUGAUUGUACAAAUGCAUUGAGACAUUUCUUUGAUAUAUGUGGAUUGAUUUCACAAACUAAUUUUGAAGACAUAGAAUCUAAUUCAGAACAAAUGGAUUUAAAAUAUGGAAUGAUAGGAAAUGAAGAGUGGAGAAAGAGUGUUAUUGAAGACUGUCUUGAUAUCGUUGUUAGUUGGUGGCAACAACGAUCACCAAUGAGAUUAGAAAAGUUGAUAGGAUAUUUGAAAGGAAAGAAUUUAGGAGAGAGUGUAAAAUUAAAGAUUAAAAAAUAUUGUAAUAUCAUUGAGCUUAUUGAAAAGACACAACUCUCAUUAAGUCUGAUAGAAAGUCCAAUUGAAUUUAUUGAAAAAAUGACUAAUGCAAGAUAUUUUGAAGAAACAUAUCAUCACAUUAAUGAAUUCGAACCAAGGUUUUUGUUUAAAGUUAUUGAAAAAGAAGCAAACCAAAUGGUUGGUAAACAAAACUGGAAAUCUAUUGAUGAACUACUUCAAAGAAGAAAAGCACCCGCAUUAGAAGCAAUCCAGUACUAUCAAGAACAUAUUGACCAAUUAGUUAAAACAAGAAAUGAGUUAAAUUAUCAAACUAUUAAUAUCGAAGUUGUAGAAAUAAUGGAACUUAAAGAACAAUGGUUUGAUGUAUUAGAAAGACAAAACUCAAAUGGAAAUAUCUUACAAAUGCAUGCAGAAAAUAAACAAAUCUUAGCUACAUAUCAACAAGCAGUUAGAGAGCAUGUCCCUGUUGAGGCAUUAAUUAACCCAACUGUUAAAAGUGUUUAUUACGUAUUAAAUACUUCUAAUUAUACUUUGGCUCAACAAAUGAAUGAAACAGUUCACGCAGAAGAAAUAGAAGUAUUUAAUGAAGUACUUAAAUUUAUUACUAGUGCACAAUCAUAUACAAUGAAAUUAGAAGAAGGAAUUGAACAAAUUAAUUCUAUUUAUAAAGGAACAACACACAUCAACCCAAUUGUAGAAUUACUAAAAAUACGAUAUGAAAUGAUUCAUAAAUAUUUCGAAGAUAAAUCAUUAGUUUUGGUUGUACUAACUAGUUCAGCUGAUUACAAUGCUAAAGCAAUUGACUUUUUACAAACUAUUUGUGGGCCUAAAGUUGUAUCGAAAUAUUCCAAUAAAGUUGUAGAAUGGAGUAAAGUAUUUGAAGAUGCUAAAAGAUUUGUUGAAGCAGAAAGAAUUGAUCAAAAUGAAUUAGGUAGAUUAUUGGCAAAUAAUUUUAUUGAAAUAACAAAUACAAUUAAACCAGUAUGUGUUAUUGGAUGGUCUACACCAAACAUUCUAGCAUAUUUAAAUAUUCUUUCUAAGGUUGCUGAUAUUGUUAAGCCAAUGCUAAAUCUUUUAGAAAAUGUUACUACAAUAAACACCCUUGCUGAGGCAUUAAUUUUGUGUCACACCGCUGCAAAAAAUGCUAACUCAACUGAAUUAAUGAAAGAAGUGUUAACAAAGAUUCAAAAGAGUCUAGUAGUUUUCUUAAUUCCACAUAAUCAUUCUUAUCUUGUACGUGUUAUUACUAGAACAAAAGCUUAUGAUGAUAUUCGUAUUCCACGGUUACAUGAUUCCCCAACUACACUCGUCAAAUACUUUAUUUCUGAAGCAAUGACAGACAAAGAUGUUGACUAUAGAGUGAUUUUACCUAAACAUGACCAAAAAGAUGCAUUUGAAACUUUACUGUAUUAUCAAUCAGAUCUAGCAGAAAUUAAGGAUGAAAUAGGAAUCACUUCAAAUCCAUUAUAUGAAACAUUAUUUGCUGAAACAUAUUCAUAUCUUAAUGACUCCAUUGAAGGGGGUAAUUUAUUCUUUAAUAAAGCAAAGAAAAUUGUUGACACUGCCAUAAUGAAAAUGGGUAGUAAAAAAGGUUGUGUUGAUGACGCAUAUUCAGACAUACUAGAGGCUAUGUCUUGUUAUACUAAAGCAGCAGGGUUCUUCUGUAAUGGACAAGAAUAUUAUUGGGCAAAUAAAUGUGGACAACAAAUAAACUUACUAGCUCUUCAAAUAUUUUAUAAUAAUGUCCAAAUAAUUGGACUAACCCAUGAGAAGGCAAAGAACCAAUUAAUGUAUAUUUCAGACGUAGAAGAUGCUGUUUUGUUUGCAACCGCAUACAACUUAUUAGAACUUCAUCAAUGGAUUCCUUCCAUUUUUGAGCAAUGCUUUGUUAGGCAGAACAUAAAUUAUAUUGAAGAAUGGAGAAAAGUGUUCAACAUGGACAACAAAACUUGGGAAGAACUUGUUGAAUAUAUAGACCGUCCACAAAAACAAAUUAAGAAAAAAGAGAUAGCUGUAUUACGAGAACAGUUUAUGAAGAAGUGCCAUGGAUAUUGGCCAGAACUCUUCUGUUGCCAAGAUGGUGUAGUUUUAACAGAAGGAAUUUUGAAACCAGAAAUUAAAGAAAUGAUUCAAAAUGCCCAUAUCAUACGAAACAUUUAUAUUACAGAUAUUGUUGCUAUUGAUGAUGACAAUAAUUUUGAUCAUUAA